AUGCUCAUCGCAGACCAGCUGUACAAAGACGAACCGCGUAUUGCUCAAUAUGCUACCAUUUCUCGUCCCUGGCUGUCUGUCGUUGAGACUCUAACAUUUCGACAAUUACGUGUCGACUCUCACGAUCGCUUGCAUCAGACAAGUCAAUAUUUGACCCCUGAUCGCAGACUCGCCUUACGCCGCCUCGAUGUCACCAUUCAUCUUCCUGAAUAUGGAGAAGCUAAAUGGAAUAAGUUAGAGACCGAGGCCGAGAAAGCGACAAACGAUGAAGCCUUCUCAAUUUCCUUGACAAGACUCUUCGAGACCAUCAGUUCUUGGAGCACGCUCGCAGCAUCAGACUUACUAGAAUCGAAACCUUUGUCUUUUGCAAGAGGCGCCCAAUCUCGCUUCGCUCUCGAGGUACAGGCCAUUUGCAAAAGCGAUUUUUACCACUUGAAUUACAAGGAUCAAUACCGUCGCCGCUGUAAUAGUAAAGAGGAUCGCGAAAUGGCCAGACACGAAUCUAGUUAUUUGGAACUCACUCAAGAAUUGCCGCGAUUGCCUGAAGUUUCCGAAUUGAUCAUCCACGGCGGCGCACCACGUGUACCACGUGAGCUUCAUCCUCGGUAUAUAUCUGCAAAAGCUGCGUUGCGCAUUCUUGAGGCUUGCCCUUCCGUCGACAGAAUCGAAUUGCAGCUGUCUGACAUGGAGAGCAAAAACUUGACUCAACGCAAUAGUGAACGAGAAGGUACGCGAAUUUGCUUCUCUUCAAGAAUCAUUAAAGCUGAUACUCUGUAG